ACAAACUGGUCACACUACACUGCGAUUUUGGUUGAUGUUUUGUUAUUAUAAACCAUUUUCAAUAAAAAUAAAGCAGUAAUCAAAAACACAUACAGUUCCUGUGCAUUGUCAGCUAUAAGAAAACAACCUUCUACCCGAGAAACAAUACUCCUCGAGCCGAUUCUACUAUUAUUAAUAAGAAGCUAAGUGAAGUUUAUUCGAAAUGGAACCACGGGAAACCAUUCUAUACACACCAGAAGAGAUUGUCGAGCAAACGGAGUGUCCCGCCUGUGGAAUAAAUAUGACCUCCAUGAAAAAGCCCUUUAGCCACGCCAAGAAAUGCUUCAGCAUCAGGCGACCGGGUCCUGUGUACAGGAUUUUCGGCUACGUGGAGUGCCAAUGUGGUUUGCUCAUUCAUGACGGAUCAAAAGCUCAAAAACUACAUAUUUGCGUGGGUAAAAUUCCCCCGUAUGAUCCUCGUGUGCAGAAGUCUGCCUCCCCGCCAACUAUUGUGCCACUGCCACCGGAACCAGAGCCCGCGCCAGCGAAACUGGAGCCUGUACAGCUACUCAACCACAAGACCCCGCAACCACAGAGAAAAAAGUGGAUACGCAACUUUACCUCUCCCAUCAAGCAGGAACUAGAUGAUAUUAAAUCGGUGGCGCUGCCCCGCGUUCAUAAACCUAAACUCAAAUCCGUCACGAGAGUUCGCAACUUCGACAUGCCAUCCAGAGCUCCAUCGAACGAAGUCAGUGUUUAUUCCAUAAUUCGAGAGGAUGAAUCUAUCUCGAUUACGGGCGGAUUACUUCGAAGAGUUAACCACGGAACUAAGGAGAACAUCUUUAUCAAAAAGCAUUCCUUGCGACUUCCAGCGAUAAAGAAAAGCUGAAAAUCAUGAACUGAAACUAAAAUUAAAGCAUCUAAAUUUUAGGCUUAAAGAAAAUCGGGUUAAGGCUUAUCCUCACCUUUGAUUAUCGAAAAACAAUACUAAUUAGUAUAGUUUUAAUCUCGAUUCCAAAAAAUAUGGGGAAACGGCCCUAAACAAGUACAUAUACUAUUUACCUAAUGUU